AUUGUGAAUACAAAAUUGUUUUCGUUUAAUAUAUUGUGUGCUUCUCGCUCUCGUCAUAUGAGUGUUAAAUGCAAAUGUGUGCGUUUUUCAUUGCAUCGAAAUGUCAUUUUAUCACAGUGUUAUUUCGUCUUAGUUUAAUGUUCGUGUAUCUCAACAGCCAGUCCAAAUUUACUAUGGAGUGAACUAAAUAUUCUCGACCAUUAAUUUGUAAUUUUUGUUUAAAAAAAAUUCCUCCCCGUUGAUUAAACAGAAGAAAAUCGGUUGUUCGGUGCGGUGUAUGAAUCAAUUGUUGUUGACAAAGCUUGAAUAAAUGGUGUAUUUAAUGAAUAUUAAAUCUAUGUGUGGUUCGAUUGGGAUCUAACACUUGUUUUUUUUUUGCUCCGAUUCUGUGGCAACUGUGAAAGAAGCAAAAAAAGAAAGGAACAAAAAACCAGAGAGUAGUGACUGAGGCGUCCAUUGGAUUGGAGCUGUGGGGAAAAUUGUAAAACAAGCCUUUAUUCGGAAAGAAGCUCUAGGUUGUUUUUACAUCAACUAAAUCGAUUCAAGCACAAAUCAAAGAAAUUCGAUUUUAGAUAAUGUCUCGUGGAUUUUCGAACGGCGGUGGUUCAGGUUUUCGAGGAUUGCGUGAUUACGGUGCAACAAGUUCAACGAGCGGCAUGUUGGCUGGCCCGUCAUCAGGAAUGAGUGCGGCCGGAAGCGAUGUAACAUUCGCCGGUUUCAGCCCAACCGAAUUCAUGUCACUGAGCGAAAGUAUCGCACAGAACAUAGCUUCGGUGAAGUCGAGCUGGCAACACUUGGAAAAGAUUUUAAAAUUAAUCGGCGGCAAAAAAGAUACAGUGGCUCUACGAGAUAAAGCGCACCAAAUUCAAACAUCGGCCAAUGAAAAAGUUUUAGCAACAAAAAAAGAUCUACAGAGACUAACGGUUGUUGUACGUCAUGGCGACAAACAGCAGAAAUUGCAAGUGGAACGAUUAACGUCCGAUUUUCAGAAAGUCGUCGAAAUCUAUUCGGCUUGUCAACAGCAAAUUGCGGCUAAGUUGAAGGGAAUUCUAUUGAUAAAUGCGUCACAGCAGGAUGACAUUAAUAACGAUGCAAACAAUAGCGCGACAGACACCGACUAUUUAUUCCAUCAAAAACAAAAACAAAUGCAACAAAAUCUACAAUUCGAACAGAGUGUGAUGAAAGAACGUGAGCAGCGUGUUCGUCAAAUUGAAGAUGAUGUGCUCGAUGUCAAUCAAAUCAUGCGAGAGCUCAACACAUUGAUAAAUCAACAAGGUGAAGCAAUCGAUACCAUCGAAAGCAGUAUUGAUCACGUGGGAAGUGAUGUGGAAGCGGGCCGAUCGGAAUUGGUUAAAGCGGCUGAAUAUCAAGCCAAAUAUCGUAGAAAAGUUGUUAUUCUAUUACUAAUAGCUGUGAUAAUAGGAUUAAUUGUCACCGGUCUAGUUGUAUCACAACUAAAGAGUUAAAAUCGUUUUGCAAAAAACAACAACACCAACAACAAAUUGUGUUUCAGUUUUGAAAUUAAAUGUUUUUCCUUUCUACUUUUUAGUUUGUAUCAUUUGCAAACAAUAUUAUUUAUACACAUAUAUAGAAACACCAUAACACUCAAACAUCAAAAAAAUAAAAGACAAAUCGAAAACAAAAACUGACAUUAAUUUAGAAUUUAGCGCUAAUUUAUGCAAAAUGCAUAGAGCAGUUCAGAGAAUUAAUUCAAGCCGGAAAAAAAUAAUAAUUCAAAAACAAAUGAUAUCUUUGCAAAUGUUACAUGGUAUUGUUAAUUUUUUUAGAUUAAAAAAACACAAGUGUUCUGUUAAAAUUGAAAAAUUUGCUCGUCGCAUUUGCUGUGUGAAAACUCCUUGGAAAUACGUCUAUGCACCAAAUAUUCCAAAUGAAUAUAUUCGAAAUGUCGCAUUUUUGCUUUAUUUGACUUAUUAUAUCUCGAAAAAGAUACACUGAAAAAGAGAAAAAGAACAAUUGAGAGUGAGAGAGAGAGAUUGAAGUGAGAACUGGGCCAAGGCUAACAUCGAUGAGAAUAUAUGACCUUUGUUGAAUACUUUUUUAUUGAGUUUGCACUGAAUCUGCCCGCCCCCUUAUUGAGGACAACCACAUAGAUAAUAAUUAUAAUUAUUUGCUAUUAAUUAUCCUUUUUAUGGAAAAUCACACACAAUUAUUUGUAACAAAAAAAA